GUUUUACUUUUAUCGGUUAAGGGGAUUCUGAGAGAGGACCAGGAGUAUUCUCUGGCUCAAGAAAUGAAGAAAUCCUGCUACACAAAAGAUGGAUACAUAUAUCAAUUACAAGCAAGACAAAUGAAAUCAGACUUGCAGAAUCGAGUGCAAAAGCAAGAGAUCGGCCACACAAUACCAGGAGAGGGAGUAGGAAAGGUUCUCAUGCUCGUCGGUGCCACUGGGGCAGGAAAGAGUACCCUCAUCCACGGAAUGGUGAAUUACGCAUACGGGGUCAAGUGGAACGACGAUUUCCGCUUCAAGUUGACUGGAGAAGAUGAUAGAAUAGUGAAGUCCGAAGUCCACAGUCAGACCAACUGGAUCUCAGCCUACGUCCUAACAAAACAAAAAGGAAUGGCUUUUCCCUACACCUUGACAGUCAUCGAUACUCCAGGAUUUGGCAAUACUGAAGGGAUAAAAAAAGAUGAUGAAGUGAAAAAUCUGAUUCUUGAGUUUUUCUCUCACGACGGACACUUUGGAAUAGAUCAACUUCACGGCAUUGGAUUCGUUGUCCCAGCGUCCGGAGUGAGGCUCACACCCAUGCAGGCGUAUAUAUUUGACUGUGUAAUGUCUGUGUUUGGAAACGAUGUCAAGGAAAUCAUUUUCCUGUUGGCCACAUUUGCUGACAACACAGCGCCACCUGUACUAAAUGCAGUAAAGGAAGCAAAGAUGCCAUGCCGACAAAUGUUCAAAUUCAACAACUCUGCUUUGUUCGUCAACUCCAAGGAUAUUGAAACCAAGGAGUUUGAUCAUGCCUACUGGAAAAUGGGCACUAAGAGCUUUUCAGAUUUUUUUAAAAGCUUUCAAGAGACUGAACCGGUGAGUCUAACACUGACAAAGGAAGUUUUGCGAGAGAGGCGACAGUUGCAGGUAGCAUUCCAGGACCUCAAAUUACAACUAGAUGCAGCAUUGGAGCGACUUGACACUUUGAGAGAUGUUCAUGCAGCAGUGAGACAACAUGGAGGACAGCAAUUCCAAGCAAAUGCAAGCGAUUUGUCCUCGGAAACUUCAGAAACGGAAGCAGACGAUGAGGACGAUGAAGCUAGAGGUAGAUAUUUGCAUACAAAUCCAAAGAUUUCCGCGAAUGAUAAACGCCUCCUGAAGAGGUUGGCAAAAGAUUUCAACCGCGAGAUGGAAAAAGUUCACCAGCUGACCAAGAUAUACCAUGAAAGAUUGUAUAGGCUGGAUCAAAUUGCACUGAAACCUGACCCUCUGGGAGUUUCGGAAUUAGUCGACAAGCUGAUUCAGGAGGAAAGGUUUGAGAAACGACUUGGGUUUAAUCAGAGAAUCCAAUAUCUUCAAGAGGCUCAAACUAAAGCUGAUUUCGUAAAUUUUUUACAAGAAUUCGAUCCAUCAAAGCCAUACGAAGAGAUUGAUAUGACUGACUUUGAUCAAGCCCAUCGAAACAUAGAAUCACCCAAUGCCCUCAUCCAAAAGCUCCAAAGUCUGUAUGGUCGGGGAAAUGUACCAUAG